AUGAAUUCCUCUCCCGCGUUCACUGCUUCUAGUUUGCAAGCUGGAAAUACGGGCUCCGCUACGUGGAUUAAUAAAUUGAAAAUCGUAGGACGAGGACAAAAUUGGGCAGUUGCACCAUGUGAACCAUUUUACUUAAUGGGCACUGAACCACCUGCUCCGGAUGCAGCUUUAACAGGUGCAAAGAAUCUGAUCGAACACUAUGGUCUUGAGAAUGCCUAUCAAAAAUUUUGUGGUAAACGUCUUAAAGAGGAACUAAAUGCUUUCUUACCUCAUUUAUCCGGGAAUAUUGAUGUCCCAGCAUCAGUUGAUGGAAGUGGAUUGAUGAGUCUAAUUGAAAGACCUCCUAUUCGAGGUAAAGAACUGAGACCUUUCGCACCCAGUCAGUUGGACCAUGCAUUCCGAUUGCAUCCUGGGCCUUUACCCCAAGAGUAUUCUUCUCUUUUCGCAGCAGCACCUUCGAAACAUAUCCAUCGCAGUGCUCAAGAUCAACAGCAACUUUUAGGAAGUGGCAAUUGUAACUCAGGUUCACGUAUGCCAACUACAGCCGCCGCUGGUCUAUCUGGUACUGGAUCAUUUCAUCGCAGGCGUCGUCGGCAUGAAGUUCAUCGAGGAGCGCUUGCGUCUGGUAGUGAUAGUAGUUCUUCUAUAGGAAUAUCAGGUGUUGGGGGAAAUGUCACUCCGAGCCCAGCAUCAUUUUUCACAGGACCACCUAAUGCUUACUCUCAGCUAGGAACAGCUCAUGUGGCGGCACCUGUAUCUUCAAAUUCGUUACCUCCCCAAGGUCAUACCGUUCCUUCGUGUUUAACAGCUUCAGCAUCUUGUAGUAACUCAUCUGGACCAACUCAAUCAUCACAUGUGUUAGAUAACAACUCCGUUUCUCAACCUGUCAGCUUGAGCAAACCAGUGGACCAUCCACCUGGUCUUAUCCCGGUAUCGGUUUCUCAUCCUCCAUCAGCAUCAUCUAUCUCAAUAUCAUCUUCAGAUCCACCUCCACCUCCACCACUUUUAGCUCCUAUACAUCAAUCAGUGGGACAGAAAAUACCACAGUCAGUCCAAAAUAUUCCACCCAUUGUGAAUUCUGUAUACAAUAGUAGUACCGUUGAUAUCAACGUAACACCAACUAAGUCAAAUCCACCCGCUCCACCAGUACUCCACUCUAUUCAUCCAUCAACUACAAAUUCCAUGAAUUCAUCUGUUCCUCAAGCCUAUGGUCACCACUACCAUCAAUUGUAUCAUCAGCAACAACAACUACCGCAUCAUCACCAACACUCAUCAGCCUUGCAUCCGUCUCAAUCCUACCCAUCCUCAUUGAGCCAGAAUUCAUCUAGGUCAAUGUCACCAAUACCGAUGGAGACGAACUCAUCUCCACCAUCUCCAGAUUUGUAUAAAAUACGUCGUUUAGAUAUGACUGAAGAAGAACGUCGAAAGAAAAGGCGGAGAGAGAAGAAGCGUAGAAAAGAUAAGGAAUGA